AUGUUCAAAGUGACUACAUUUACAGAAAGAACUCUUGUCACUUCUUUAUUUUUUCUGCCUCCUUUUUUUUAUUCAUCUUCUCUUUUCAUCUUCUUCUCUCUUCUUCUUUUCUUUGUAAUCAUAUUUUCAUCAGUUUCUUUUGUUUUUCAUUCGAAUAUUUCGCAUUCAUUUCGCUCUUUCAAUCAAUGCUUCUCUUUAAUCAUCAUCUCUAUUUUUCUUCUGUCCGUCCUGGCUUUCGAACCUCUCUCACUUUUUAUAAAUUUCCUCCCCACUUCCUCUUACUCAUUUACUCCUACCCCUCCUAAUUUCCCCCCUCUUAUCAUAUCCUCUUUCGAACCUCUUUCUUUACAAGAUUCUUCCACAGCGCCACCACUACCUACUCUAACGUCUCUUAAUUUUCUAUUUUUCCUGCCUCAUAUUCUCUUUCUAUUUUCUCUCUUUUUUAAAAUGCCUUCCCCGUCUCCUGCUUUUCUUCCACCUCUUCUAUCUCUAUUACUUUAUCUCUUUUUCCUCCUUUCCCUCAUGUUCUUUUUUAAAGAUGCCUCCUCAUUCCUCCUGUUGUUUCUCUUCAUCUACCCCUCUUAUUUUCCAUAUCUUCUCCCUCUCAUUAUAUUAACUAUAUCUUUGUGUAUCCUGUUCCUUCUCCUCUCAUCUCUCUCUUACUUUUACGCUUUCCCACCUCUCAUCAUAAUUUCUUUCUAA